AUCAAGACCCAGCGCGGCUUGCUUCCGCAUCCGCCAUCGCCACAUCCAAUCCCAAAAGCACACUCCGCACAGUUUUGGCUACAAACUGCUUUGGCUACAAACUGUUGUUUUCUACCCUACGGCAGCAACCAACAACAAGAGCGGAUACUCGGAGCCUCGACAAACUGAAACUGCUAGCUAGGGAUUUUCACAAUUGCAACAUACCGAGCAAAGCAACCACACCAGUUUCAAUUAGUAGUCGAGCAACCUUUCUUUUAAAGUACCAUGUCGUCCACAGCAGCAGCAGCAGCCAAGAAGAAGCGCAAGCACGAAGAAUUGGCAGCUGCGGAAGAAGAAGAAGCAGAUAGUAGUUCCACGAGUGGUAGUAGCGAGGAGGACGAUGAUGAGUCGGAAGAAGAGGCGAAACCGCUCAAGAUUGUGGUGCGACGGGUCGGCAAGGCGGAACGAGAAUCACUCGAGUUUGAAAUGGACGACACUGCCAACGCAGCUACCGUGUUGGACCUCAAGAAACGCAUCACGACGGCUCUCAAAGACGCCGGCGAAGAAGACGAGGUUCCGCACGACCGCCAGCGGUUGAUUUUCUCGGGUAAGAUGCUCCGUGACGACACGCAGUCGUUACAGGGCGAUCUCAAGAUGAAGCCCGACAACAAGAUCUUUGUCCAUUUGACGCCACUUCCGAAAGGCGUGGCUCCCAGUGUCCGGACCGCGCGAGAGCUGUCGGAGAAUCCAUCGCAAGAACCCCGUCGUGUGGCCGUGGCAGCUCCGCUUCGUCGCCGUCGUCGAACAUCUUCGCAGCCGACAACAAGUCGUCCGGGAAUGAUGGACCCGGCGGCGUAUCAUCCGUAUGCGCUGGACUUGGGGGGUGGCUCGUUGGUACCUCCGGCUGUAGCCGCGGCGGCUCCUGGCGGUCAAGACGACACGGCAGCACUGCUGGCCGCGGCGGUGGCGGCGGCCGAUCAAAUUCGCGUCUCGCAAGAUCAACAAAUUCGAGAGUUGGUCAAUCGCAUCAAUUUGGAUAAUAUUCCCGUUGAUGUCCUCGCUCGAGCGGUGCUCGUGACAUUUCGAUUGGAUCAACCGCCGCCGCCACAGCAACGACAGCCACAGCAAAAUUCGCUCUCGUCCUUGUUGGGCGUUGCCGCAGCGCCUGGAUCGGCCGCAUCGAUUGCCAAUGAAAUUAGUCGCGUGCUCUGUCCUCCCACUGCUGUCAAUAGUAGUACAGCUCGACCCGCGGGAUUGGACGAAACCACGUUGGCGCUCUUGGAAGAAGCGGUGGGUGGGGGUGGACGUCCCCCAUCGGCUCUGUCGUCCUUGUUGCGACCACCCGAACCCGAAGCCUUGGCGAGUAAUCCCGCUAUUGCCAGUUUACUCCAAGAAUUGUACGCUCGUCCCACCACUGCUGCGGUCAGCAACAACAAUGGAAACAACAACAACAAUCACAACAAUAAUUUGGCGCAAAUGCUCGAUCAAAUUGCCGCCAAUGCCGGAGAUUUGGCCAGUUUGUUGCGACGACAGCAACAACAGCAGCAACAACAACAAGACACCAGUGUGGCCCGCAUGCCCGCACCCGUCGUGUCGUCGAAUGCGCAUCAAAAUGCCGCCGCGGCAUUGAUUGAGCAACUCUCGUCGCCACAUCAACAACAACAGCAGCAAAAUAGUACUGCCAAUGCCAGUCUGUGGGAGCGACUGUCGGCGGCCGCGCCGCCGGCAUCAACGGCAUCCUUGCUGGAGCAACUGACAUCAGCGUACAGUCCGCCCUCGUUGAUGGAACAAUUGGCCGCCUCCAAUCCGGUGGUGGCGCAACAGCCAACGUCGUCCUUGCUCGAACAAUUGUCGUCCCAUCAAAAUGUAGCGGCAUUGUUGGGACAAGCUGCACCGGUGGCGGCAGCACCCCCUGCCGAAGCUCCACGAGCGACACUCGAAGAGCAACUCGCGAAUAUGUUGCGGUCCAAUGCGACCGCAUCGAGUGGUACCAAUCCUCUGGGAUUUUUGCCGUUCUAAAGAAGACUCGAGUACGGUAUGUUGUCCUAACCUACAUGGCACACACACACACGAGAUCAACGGCGACGCGUUGAUUACUACGGUGGAACCAACCAAAACGUGAACUGCAACUCCUGAACAAGGUAAUCGUUAUGCCGGAGUUGCAGCCUCACAUCUGAAGGGUCUCGGCCCUUGUUUCUCUUUUUAAUAUACAUAAUAAUGAUUCUAUAGAGAAGAACACACUACUG